AUGACCUACCAAAAUUCCCAGAUUCCACGAACAUGCAGAAGCUGUGGCGAGACACACAGCCCACCUAAGCUUUGCUAUAUUCCAUUGAAAUGCUGGAAUUGUGGCAUUGAACAUUUUCCCACUCAAGAAUUUUGCUACAAUUGUAACGGAUGGAUAUUACCAUCACACCCUCGAGAGACAGUGGAGGAACCAAAGAAGCGUAUCGACUGGAAAAAAUUUCUAAUCGCAAAUACGGAUUCGAGUGAAGUCAAGAGCGAACAGUUGAAAAAUGCAGAAAUCGCUAUCAAAAAUGAUCAGUAUACUGCAGUUCUUUGCGCCGAAUCUCUUGAUAGCCCAUACGGUAAGAAUGAGAAAAAGAAGACAGCGGUCUUCUUACACAGACCUGGAGGAGACAAGAGGCUGUCGUUUACAAAGCUGGGCCCGGUCGAUCUCCAGGCCAGUUCUAGGAGGUGGGUGGAGAUCAAACUUGCCGAUUGGGCAACGUUUGAGGAAAUUGUAGGAGUGACUCCAUUACCAUCCACUUUCCCGACGCCAGGCAAUAUUUGUUUACUAGAAGAUGAUGAACUAGACACAGAUGUCGGGAUCUUUGACGGGGGUAGUUUACUUGCUGGAUCGGAUGCUAUUUGA